GUGUUGGUUGGCUGACAGAAGCUGUCAGGUAUUGUAUGACCACUGCCAGCCACAAUAUGGUGGUGAAUAGACGGUGACCUGUAAAGUGACAGUAGGAUGGCUGUUAACGCGCUUCGAGUGGUCCUGAGGCGAGAGCUUCACAAAGGGCUGAGUCUGCGAAAUAUGUCAUCCCAAGCAUCAAACACCAAGUACCAGUAUGAGACACUCAAGGUGACUUCAGAGGGUGAUCAUGUCCUACAUGUGGAGUUAAACCGUCCUGAAAAGAGGAACGCUAUGAACAAGGCAUUCUGGAGUGAGAUGGUUCUUUGUUUUCGUGCCAUAAGUGAAGAUGCUGAUUGCAGAGCAGUUGUAAUAUCUGGUGCCGGGAAGAUGUUUACAUCUGGGAUUGAUCUGAUGGAUCUCGGCAGCGACUUCAUGCAACCCCAGGAGGACGAUGCAGCAAGAAUUGCUUGGAACAUCCGUAAGAAGAUCUCAGAUUACCAGGAAACUUUCAGUGUCAUUGAGAAGUGCCCCAAGCCCGUGAUUGCAGCAAUACACAGUGCCUGCAUUGGCGGAGGUGUGGAUCUGGUAUCCGCUUGUGAUAUUCGCUAUUGCACUCAAGACGCUUGGUUCCAAGUCAAGGAAGUGGACGUGGGAUUGGCUGCUGAUGUAGGAACUCUACAGCGCCUUCCAAAAAUAAUAGGAAAUCGCAGCCUGGUGAACGAGUUGGCAUUCACUGCCAGGAAAAUGAUGUCUGAUGAAGCACAAAGCAGCGGCCUGGUUAGCCGGGUGUUCCCAGAUAAACCUUCUCUCCUUCUCGGUGCCUUUGAAUUAGCCUCUGAAAUUGCCAGUAAAAGCCCUGUUGCCGUGCAGGGCACCAAAGUGAAUUUAGUGUAUUCCCGUGACCACUCCGUGCAGGAGGGACUUAACUACAUGGCAACUUGGAACAUGAGUAUGCUGCAAACCCAGGACGUCCUGAAGUCUGCCGGGGCCGUGCUGCAGAAAAAGCCCCUGAAAGAAGUUGGCUUCUCCAAGCUAUAGACGCCAUCCCGUCCUACAGAGAGUUACACACUAUUAGAGUGUCCUAGUUAUAGGGGCAUGAAACUCUAUUUUUAUCUUUCAUGAUUCAGAGCAUAAUCAAUCAGCAAGCGUUACCCAGGUGCUAAAUAAAAAAUGGGCCAGCACCUAAGCUUACAUUCGUGCUUUUCAAAUAAAGAUACCAAGAGAAUGAAGAAAAAUGGAUAAUAGGAAUAAAUUAGAAAGUUUUUUUUAAAAAUUGCUGCUCUCUGAAUCAUGAAAGUUUAAUUUUGACUUCAUUGUUUCUUUAAUAAGCCAUAAAGUAAAUUUUAGUUGGCCUCUUCACAAAUCAAAUGAUUUUUGAUCGUGUUGCUCCAGUUCAACUUUUGAUAGUAAAUAGACUUGAUAUAAUUGUUUAUUGCACAUAACAGUUAAUAAAAAACUAUUUAUAAAUUC